ACUGAUAACACGACAACAGCAGCAGCAGCUCGACAACACGGAAGAAAAGAUAAAAAACUCAGAAAACAGACCAAAACCUGCCCUGAUGGAGCCCCAGGUUUAAUACACCUGGUUUUUUUUGUGCCACUGAGACAGCAACACAAGGAUCAUGCUGUCGCACCGCAGGGGGAGGAGCCUCUCUGAGGGCCUGACGCUGGAGGAGUCAGAGCAGGGCCGAUUGGUCAUCUCCAGCGUUGAUGACGAUGCCACAGCCAAUCAGGGACUCAGGGAAGGGGAUGAACUUGUGGGGGCAGCGAUUAAUUUUGAUGAACUGUCAAAAGAUGAUGUGCUGAAAGUGCUGAGGUUGAUGGAGCCAUAUAACGACAAGGUCCAAGUCCUCACCAGGCAUAACCUGAGCAAGAGCCUCAACAAUCUGGACAGAUGUACCAAGAGUCCAGGGGAGAUGCUGAUGGAUUCCUACAACAGAAUGUACAAUACUAAAAUCAAGAAGUUCCUCAAGGAUGAUUCCGUUGGUGCUGAAGGAAGCCUUGCGAAUGGCUUGAAAGUCAAUCAAACAGUACCACACUCGUCCAAGCACAACCUGAAGGCCAACACCGAAUUGCCUCGCCUUGGAGUGGACUUUGGAGUUCUGGAAAAAAAGAAGGGAGAUGCUAAUGGCAGAACUCUAAACCUUCCACAAUCUAUUCCUGGCUUGAGUCUGCCAACUGAAAAUGGAGCAAUUCAGGUACCAGGAUUGAAUGUAGAUACUAGAAGUUCACAACUAAAUGGCCCAGAUCUCCAGCUUUCAGGGACAUUACCAGAGAAUCUUGACGGCAACACUAAAGCUGGUAUAAAAAUGCCAAGCGCUGAAGUUCCAUCGGUUGAUUUGAAAAUGCCAAAGCUUGAAAGACCUCAUCUUGAAAUAAACACUCCUGAUAUGGGUAUUAGUGGAGAUCUAGAGGGUCCAGAUGUGGACUUGGAAGCACCAAAUGUUGACAUAGAUAUGUCAACUAACAUGAAAGGACCCAACCUGAACAUUGGAAGCCCAUCUGGAAAAUUCAGAGCACCAGGUUUUAAGAUGCCAGACGUAGGUCUGUCUGGAUCCAAAGUUCAAGACCUUGACUGUGAGUUAAAAACUCCAGACUUGAAUCUCUCGGCUCCUAAUUUUAAAGGGCGUAUUGAUCCCCCAGACCUUAAUGCCCCAAAUGUUGAUAUUAAUAUGCCUUCCAGUCAGUUAAAUCUUGAUGUAGAUCCUCCCUCUGGUAAGCUCAAUAUGCCAAAAUUCAAACCCUUUGGCACAUUACCAAAGAAAAAAGAUUUGGAUAUCAGUGCAGAUGUAAAAACAUCCAACCUAACUCUAAAAUCACCAAAGAUAAAAGGCAUAGAUGCUGCUGACAUGGAUGUACCUAAAACAGACUUGCCCUCAGGUAAUCUCAAAGUUCCAUCACUGAAGAAUCCAAGUAUUGAUUUGAGUGCUCCUAAAAUGGAUAUCUCCUCUGGUGAACUGCCUAAAUUUGGCUUUUCUGGUACGCUGCCAAAAGGACAGAAUGUGGACAUAAAUACACCAGAUCUGAGUCUCAAAGCUCCCAAGAUAAAGGGUGGGAUUGAUGGGCCUGACUUGGGCCCACCAAAUGCCAAAGCAAAAUUCAAAGCACCCAGAUUUAAGAUGCCCAAAUUUGACCUCCCCACCCUGACAGUGCCAGAUGUUGGCUUUGGUGGUGAAGGGCCAGACAUAGAUAUCAACACACCUGAUGUGAACCUCAAAGGUCCUAAAGGUGGUUUAGAAAUGCCAGAUGUUGAUUUAGGCAGCCCAUCAGCAAAAUUCAAAACCCCACACUUUAAAAUGCCUGAUUUGGGGCUUUCUGCUCCAAAGUUAGAUGGCCCUAAUUUUGAUAUCAAGUCACCUGACCUAGAUAUCUCUGGUCCUAAGCUCAGUGGUGGAGUAAGUCCACCAGACCUGCACAUGCCCAAGGCUGACCUCAGAACCCCCAAUCUAGACCUCAAUGCCCCAAAUGUCAAUUUAGACAUGCCAUCAGGUAAACUGAAAACGCCAACACUGAAAAAGCCAAAGGCAGAGCUCAGUGCCCCAGAUUUGGAUAUUGAUGCUCCCUCGGGCAAACUCAGAAUGCCCGAAUUUAACCUUUCAGGCAAGUUGCCCAAAGGACCAGAUUUUGACAUGAACACUGAUCUGAAAGCACCAGAUUUGAGUCUGAAAGCUCCAAAGUUCAAGGGUGGAAUUGAUGCACCUGACCUGGACUUACCAAAUGUGGACCUUAAAGCUCCCAAGUUAGAUAUAAAUACUCCAGAUGUGAACAUUGGAUCCCCCAAAACAAAAUUUAAGAUGCCCAAACUGAAGAUGCCUAAAUUUAGCUUCCCAAGCCUAAAAGGGCCUGACAUUGAUGGCAGCUUAGAUCGGCCAGACUUGGAUAUCAACACACCUGAUGUCAACCUAAAAGGUCCUAAAGGUGGUUUAGAAAUGCCAGAUGUUGAUUUAGGCAGCCCAUCAGCAAAAUUCAAAACCCCAAACUUGAAAAUGCCAGAUUGGGGACUUUCUGCUCCAAAGCUGGAUGGCCCUAACUUUGACAUCAAGUCACCUGACCUAGAUAUCUCUGGUCCUAAGCUCAGUGGUGGAAUAAGUCCACCAGACCUGCACAUGCCCAAGGCUGACAUCAGAACCCCCAAUCUAGACCUCAGUGCCCCAAAUGUCAAUUUAGACAUGCCGUCAGGUAAACUGAAAAAACCAAAGGCAGAGCUCAGUGCCCCAGAUCUGGAUAUUGAUGCUCCCUCGGGCAAACUCAAAAUGCCCGAAUUUAACCUUUCAGGCAAGUUGCCCAAAGGACCAGAUUUUGACAUGAACACCGAUCUGAAAGCACCAGAUUUGAGUCUGAAAGCUCCAAAGUUCAAGGGUGGAAUUGAUGCCCCUGACCUGGACUUACCAAAUGUGGACCUUAAAGCUCCCAAGUUAGAUAUAAAUACUCCAGAUGUGAACAUUGGAUCCCCCAAAACAAAAUUUAAGAUGCCCAAACUGAAGAUGCCUAAAUUUAGCCUCCCAAGCCUAAAAGGGCCUGACAUUGAUGGCAGCUUAGAUCGGCCAGACUUGGAUAUCAACACACCUGAUGUCAACCUAAAAGGUCCUAAAGGUGGUUUAGAAAUGCCAGAUGUUGAUUUAGGCAGCCCAUCAGCAAAAUUCAAAACCCCAAACUUGAAAAUGCCAGAUUGGGGACUUUCUGCUCCAAAGCUGGAUGGCCCUAACUUUGACAUCAAGUCACCUGAUCUAGAUAUCUCUGGUCCUAAGCUCAGUGGUGGAAUAAGUCCACCAGACCUGCACAUGCCCAAAGCUGACCUCAGAACCCCCAAACUAGACCUCAACGCCCCAGAUGUCAAUUUAGACAUGCUGUCAGGUAAACUGAAAAUGCCAACACUGAAAAAGCCAAAGGCAGAGCUCAGUGCCCCAGAUUUGGAUAUUGAUGCUCCCUCGGGCAAACUCAGAAUGCCCGAAUUUAACCUUUCAGGCAAGUUGCCCAAAGGACCAGAUUUUGACAUGAACACUGAUCUGAAAGCACCAGAUUUGAGUCUGAAAGCUCCAAAGUUCAAGGGUGGAAUUGAUGCACCUGACCUGGACUUACCAAAUGUGGACCUUAAAGCUCCCAAGUUAGAUAUAAAUACUCCAGAUGUGAACAUUGGAUCCCCCAAAACAAAAUUUAAGAUGCCCAAACUGAAGAUGCCUAAAUUUAGCCUCCCAAGCCUAAAAGGGCCUGACAUUGAUGGCAGCUUAGAUCGGCCAGACUUGGAUAUCAACACACCUGAUGUCAACCUAAAAGGUCCUAAAGGUGGUUUAGAAAUGCCAGAUGUUGAUUUAGGCAGCCCAUCAGCAAAAUUCAAAACCCCAAACUUGAAAAUGCCAGAUUGGGGACUUUCUGCUCCAAAGCUGGAUGGCCCUAACUUUGACAUCAAGUCACCUGAUCUAGAUAUCUCUGGUCCUAAGCUCAGUGGUGGAAUAAGUCCACCAGACCUGCACAUGCCCAAAGCUGACCUCAGAACCCCCAAACUAGACCUCAACGCCCCAGAUGUCAAUUUAGACAUGCUGUCAGGUAAACUGAAAAUGCCAACACUGAAAAAGCCAAAGGCAGAGCUCAGUGCCCCAGAUUUGGAUAUUGAUGCUCCCUCGGGCAAACUCAGAAUGCCCGAAUUUAACCUUUCAGGCAAGUUGCCCAAAGGACCAGAUUUUGACAUGAGCACCGGUCUGAAAGCACCAGAUUUGAGUCUGAAAGCUCCAAAGUUCAAGGGUGGAAUUGAUGCCCCUGAUCUGGACUUACCAAAUGUGGACCUUAAAGCUCCCAAGUUAGAUAUAAACACUCCAGAUGUGAACAUUGGAUCUCCCAAAACAAAAUUUAAAAUGCCCAAACUGAAGAUGCCCAAGAUUAGCCUCCCAAGCCGAAAAGGACCCGACAUUGAUGGCCCAGACAUAGAUAUCAAUGCACCCGAUGUCAACCUCAAGGGCUCCAAAGCUGGUUUUGAAAUGCCUGAUGUUAAUUUUGGCAGCCCAUCGGGAAAAUUCAAAAAGCCAAAUCUGAAAAUGCCUGAAGUGGGUUUUUCUAGUCCAAAGUUAGAUGGCCCUAACUUUGACGUCAAGACACCUGACCUCGAUGCUACAAUGCCAAAAUUGAACAUAAAUACAGAUCUGAAAACACCUGAUUUAAACCUCAAAGCUCCAAAGUUGAAGAGUGGGAUUAACGCCCCAGACAUAGAUUUACCAAACAUGAACCUCACAUCUCCCAAAGUAAAUAUGAAUACCCCAGAUAUGAACAUUGAUUCACCUAACACAAAGUUCAAAAUGCCCAAAGUGAAGAUGCCUAAAAUUGAUAUGUCCAUCCCAAAAGGCCCCAGUGUUGAUAUAGAUGGUGACCUCCAGGGGCCUGACCUAAAUGUCCCAAAUAUUGAUGUUGACAGGCCAAAGGGAAAAAUCAGUAUGCCAAAUUUGAAUAUGCCUGAUCUAAGUCUUUCUGGACCCAAAGCAAAAACACCACACGUAAAUCUUUCAGCCCCUAAGCUAAAAGGUCCUGGGAUAAACUUGCCAGAUUUGGAUUUGCCUGAUGCCAAUUUCAAAAGUCCAAAACUAGACCUAAAUGCUCCAGAUGUCAGGUUGCCAUCAGGUAAACUCAGAGCACCAACACUUGAGAGACCAAAGGCUGGGAUCAGUGUCCCUGAUAUUGACAUCAACACUCCAUCUACUCAGAUGAAGAUGCCCAAAAUGUCUAAAUUUGGGCUCUCGGGUUCACUACCAAAAGGUGAAAUUGAUACACCCGACUUGAACAUCAAAGCGCCAAAUCUAAGGGGUUCCCUAGAUUCUCCAGACCUACCAGCAGUUGAUCUGGGAGCCCCUAAAUUUGAUGUGGAUGUACCAGAUGUGGACAUUGGUUCUCCAUCAGGGAAAUUCAAAAUGCCUCAAAUGCCAAAAUUUGGGUCUCCCAGUCUGAAAGGUCCCAAGCUUGGAAUAAAUGGCAACAUAGAGGGACCAGAUGUGAACUUUACAGCUCCUAAAGCAAAUGCAGGAAUUAGAGGUCCAGACAUUGACAUGAAUGUCCCCUCGGGAAAAAUCCAAGGUCCCCAAACUGAUCUUGAUUUGCCAGACAGAAAAUUCAAACUUCCCUCCCUUAAGUUACCACAGUUUGGAAGCCCAGAUGUUAAUAUGACAGGGUCUGAUAUUGACUUUGGUGCACCCCUGAGAGCAGCAAAUCUGGAUAUCUCCCCUCCAAAUGCAAAAGUGAAUAUGAAAACACCAGAUUUAAAUGGAAAUAUCGCAGGUCCAAAGGUCACUUCUACAAAUAUUGACCUCGGCAUGCCCAAAGUGGAUAUGCAGAGCCCACAACUGAAUCUCAAAGCUCCGGAGCUUGACAUUGACGCUCUCUCACAGUACAGUUACAAAGGUCUUCCCCAUAAGAAUCGUUUAUCAGAUGUCACAGGUAUGAAAACACCUGUCUUGGACAUUGAUGCUAAUGUCAAAUUGCGUCCAACUGACAGAAAGUCAGCAAAGACCAAAGCAAGGUCCAGCUUCCCUCUGGUGGAUUCUGAUUCACCAAAGUUAGAUCUCCGUGGUCUUGAUCUCACCCGUGCAGAUCUGAACAUAGAUGAUUUCACGGGAAAGGAUCACAUUCUAAGAGCCAGAGGUUCAAAAAUAGAUGUCAGAGCAGCAGAAAUACCAAGCGUCCACGGUGAGGCAAAUCUGAAAGCACCAAUCCCCAAAUUCUCAGCACCAGAUCAUUUUGGCCAGAGCUCCGGGAUCUCCACAUCAGGUCUCAACAUUGACCUCAGGGACCACAAACGUCACAGAAAAAUCCCAUCUGGUGACGGCACAAAUUCAAAGCCCGACAUGGCCAGGCAGUCUGCUGAUCUGCGUUUGCCAGAUUUUUCCCAGCAUUCAAAACCAAAUGCGUAUGACAGUGCAGAUGGACACUAUGUCACUGUUUUCCCCAAAGACAUCCAAAAUGGAGAAAACCGCAAGUACAACACCCUGGGGAUAACAGACUUCAGUUCACCAAACAUUGACCUUGAAGUUCCAGAUGAAAAUUACCUGAAGGGGUCCACAUACUUCUUUUCCAACCUUGUAUAAAAGAGAACAUAACAAAGGCUUUAUUUUUGUUGUUAAUUAAAUGUUUUUAUCAGGUUUAUUUAUUGUGAUUUAUUGUUCUGAACCUAAGACAUUUUUUUAUGAAUGUGUAAGAUUCUGUAUCAUUGAGUUGACGGGAUUUUUUUGUACAUAAAGCCAUGUCUGUACAUUGGUAAUGGUGCAAAACAACAUGUUACAAAGCAGCACACUUGCACUUGUUUUCUAUGUAAAUGUAAGCUAUUACUCGUGUUGUAUCAAUGAGCAUUUGUA